UUCUACUUACGGUUAUUUUUUUUUGAAGGAGAACAAUUCCUUUAUGGAUAAAGAUCCCCAGGGAAGAGCAGGUAACCCAGUAGAAACGGGAAGCUCAAAAAAACUUUUUCAGGAUGCCCCAGUCAGCACAAACCCUGCACAGUCAAGAAGUACCUCGCUUGCUUCUGGAAAGCGAAGAGUUAAACAAGUCACUAAAAAGGCAACUUCUUUUACAGUUGAAAGAGUAAAUAAAUCGCUUUUUACAGCUCCCUUUACUACUAAAGACUUUAUUGAUAGAAUUUUUUUUAACGAAAUUGACAAAGCUAAAAAUUUGGAUAAAGAAACUUUUCAGGCAUUCCUUCCGGAUUCUUUCAUAGAUAUUAUUGAAAGUUCAAUGGGAGCAUUAUUUGAUUUAAGCACAGAGGUUGAGCAAGUAAUAAAAGAAGGAGAAUCCGAAGUUAUAGAAUGUGAGGGGUUUUAUAAACAAGAUCUAACUAAUGUUUUCCAACAACUGGAAAUUUGUAUCAAUAAUUUUGAGACUUUGGUAAAUCGGGUAAAGAAUAUUGCUGGAAAAACUGUUUAUGUCGGAGAUCGCUUGGAAUCAAUAAAUUCGAAAGUCGACAGAGCCAGGAAAGCUGCUGAACUUAUUGAAUUAUUUGAGAAUUUUUCUAAUUUUUAUAUGAAAAUGGAAAAUAUUUAUGAAGCAGCAGAAAUGAUCCACAAAUUAAAGUUGACGGUUCAUAACUUGCCUGGCUUCGAUCAGGAGAGAAGUCAAAUACUCGAAACUUCUGAGAAGAUCAAAACCAAACUUUUAAAAGAUUUUUCUAAUUCCUGCGCUGAAAAUAAUUUGGAAGUAAUGAAAAAUUGCGCCACCGCCCUUCUUAACUUUGAUGAUGGUCUUAAUCUUUGCAUAAACGAUUACAUUAAUCAGCACCCCUUCUUUUUUUCUAAGGAAAAGCUAAUGAAUUCUGAAAAAGAAGAAGAUUUGUUUCUGCGAACCGCCAAUCUCUGCACCGAAGUGGUCGAUACCAUCCAGCACGUGUUCAGAAGACCAGAAGUGGUCAUGGCAAGGUUUCUUCAAAGAAUUUUUGAACAGAAACUUUCACAAUUUGUGGACGAAUCACUGAAAGCUGCCGGGGAUAAAGGGGUCCUUUGCUAUCUGAACAAACUAACAAAGUUUCACCAGGAAGCAGAAGAUCUGAAAGAUCUUCUACAGAAACUAGACGUCUUCAAUGACACCAAUUUCCUUGAAAGACUUACUGAGAGUUUAUUUUUAAUGUAUAAAUCGGAUGGAAAUUACAUUCAAACGGAGCUUUAUUCACUAAAAAACUUGAGUUCUAAGGCCAUCAGUCAACACUACCAAAAAAUCGGCUACAGAAAAGAAGAAUAUGAAAAGAAAUUUUUUCAAGUCACUAAAGAUGUUGAUAAGCAGUUGUGUUGGAAAAUGGCCAAUUUGGAUGUUUGCUUGAGCUUCAUUCAAUACCAUCGAGAAGCCUUAGAACGAUGCCAAAAAUUGUCCGCUCACGACCAAGUGGCUGCUAACUGUCAGUCCAUAUUUGAAAAUCUGCUGGAUCACAUGGUUACUGAAUUUCUUGAGCCCGCAUUGGACGCCGGGAAUGCAGCAAUUGAACAUUUUGACACUAAAGAAGAGCCUGAUUUUAACUUUCUGCAAUUGGUUUUUUGCAUAACACAAAGUGUUGCAUUUUUAAACAAUUUUUUCGAUAAACACGUCUACGCAAUGUUGAUAUCAUCUUUUUAUGUACAAAAAAAAUCACGUGAAACACUUCAGGUUUAUGUUGAGAAGCUCCAGAGUAAAGUGGAACAAGGGCUUCGUCUACUCUUGAAAGCUACCAGUAGUUAUAUUUCGCGUUGUCUUUCGUAUCAAAAAAAGGAUAUUUACAAUGUGGUUGUCUUUGAACAUGACUGCACACCGACUUUCAUUAUGAUAUGUAGUUUCCUUGAGAAGCAAGUUGAAAUUGUUGAAAACGGAUUAGAUGGCCGAAACAAGACAAACUUUGUUAUGAACAUGGCAAUGAAUUUACAAAACAUUAUUCUACAAAACAUCUCCAACCGGCUAACCGUAAACGAGCUGGGCGCUUUACUUCUUCUUCGCGACGUGGAUAUGGUCAUUCAGAGCAUAAAAAAGUUCCAAAUUGCGUCGGCCGCUACUAUCUUCUCUCUUCUCCGCGAACUCUGUAGCGUGUUGACAUUACAAGCAAAUAACGUCGUCGGUGGAAUAAUGAAAGGAUCCCUUAGCCGCCUGAACAAGGAAAAUAUUACUUUUUUACUGAAGUGUAGAGCGGAUUGGACGCGCAGCAAAAAGCUUAUACUUUCCUCACUUAAAACUUCAUCACAUUGA